AUGGAUGCAUUAUAUGAUUCCACUUGUGAUUUUCUUCGUGUUGCUUUGCCAGAACAUAUAACUGCAUUUUCAGUAGUUUAUCAUGCAAUGAAUGAAGAGCCGUGGAUUGCAAAGGAAACUUUAAGGCAAAUAUUCCAUCAAGCAAUUACAGCUGUCAUGCCUUCAUAUAAAGCGGGUUCGGAAAAAUACCAAAAGCUUCAAGGGUUACCUUUAAAGUUUGACGAUGCCUUUGAAGGAAUGUGUAGCCUUCGGGAUUUUGAGGUUACUAGAGAGGAAGAAGAAUUAUCCACUGAGACGAUUGAAAAUAAUCUGCGAUUAGUAAAAGGGAACCUUAAAAAAAGCAAGGCUCGGUAUGCCAAACCUUUACGAAAGAUUAUAGGUAGGAUUAAAUCUUCGGAACUUUCAUGGCGCAAUCCACUUGCAAGUCAGGUUCUCAGUAGUGAAAUGAUGGAGGUUAAGCAAUUAUCAGAAGAAGAUUAUGAGUCUUUCAUGGAGCCGGCAAAAAAUAUGGAAGCAUCUCUCCCUCACUCGAUCGAAAGAGCAUGUGAUAUUUUUUUAACAAACUACGAUGAUGGCUCUACAGAGAUACCUCCACAAAAACUUUCUUAUAAGAAUUGGAGAGAGAGCAAAGAGGUUCUUAGAGAUAUUGCGGUUAGAAUACUUGAUACUUUAGGGGAGAUCUGGAAAAAUCCAGCUUUUAGCCCUAAAUUUGCUAAAACACAAAGUGAGGGGACGUACGUGGCAGAUAUUAUUGUUCCUAUUAUUCGAGCCACAUUGAAAGAUCUGCCAAUCGGAAAAUCUGCAUACGUUAGCACUAAUAUAAAUCAAACGGCAGUGUCGGAGAGCAAGAUAGCGAAAGAACUUGCUGAUUCAUAUGAAUUGCUGUUAGAAUUGGAAGAACUUGAUAUUGUCGGUUAUACUAAUCAAGAAAUGGCAGAAGAAGCCGAUAAAAAUGCGAGAGUGUACCUCCGAAAGUUUGAAGAAUUUCAUGAUCUCUUAGAAGAUGAUCUAGGUGUGUUAAUAAAGAAAUUCGUUGAUAUAGGGGUAAAAAAAUUUUGGUUUACUAGUGAGAGACUACCAUUAUUUCCAAAUGUCUCUUCUCAACAAUUGCAUGAAAUUUUCGUCAAAAAAUCAGCUAGCAACAAUCAGUGCUCAUGUCUAGAAUCAAAAGUAAAGAAGGGAAAAUUAUCACAGAUAUAUAUACGUCACAGCAAAUAA